AUGGAUGUCAACUACAAGUAUUUUGUACAGAUAAAUACAAGCAAGGGACCAAAGUACCGGUGCUGGUUGUGUAAGGGCCAGAGUACAAAGAAUCGCAACCGCCAUUGCCUCAACAAGCGACAUCAAGAUUUCGUCCGAGCAGAUAACGAGCAACGUAGUCGAGUAGCAUCUCGAAGGGCUGCUGCCAGGGUUUCAAAUGAAGAGGUAUUCGUUGUCAAUAACAAUAUCAGCCAGAUCGAAUCGCUAGUUUUUGAGGAUCAAGAAGAUAGUCAAGCAGAAGAGUUGGAGUCCAACAGAAGUGAAGCAAUCCACGAACCAAACAUUUUCCCGCUGGAUAUCUUCGAAGAGGAGGAUUCUGAUAACGAAACCGACAAUGCGGCUGAGCUGACCUGGAUGCAGUUCCUCGAACUAGCGAUUGGACAAAUUUCUUCGGAACCAGACGAGCUUGCUGAUGUCGACUCAAUACCGUCGUUUCGCCAGGAAGAAGUAAAGAUUGAGGAUGUCACUCCGGACAGCUCGGUGUGGUUUCCCUUCCCAAGCAAAGAGAUUUGUACUAUCUUCACGUUAUACGCCAUUGGGCUUCCUGGUUGGGAGGCCUUGCGAAUCAUGCGAGCAAAGAUCCGUUCGAUGAGUAAUCAUUCUAUAAUCCAAAGGGAAUCGGUGUUCAAUCAGCCUAUGUUUGGAUUAGAUGCUAGGCAAUUGAUAUCUGAUCAUGAUAAGCUGAAUGAGAUUUCUUACCGGUUCUUUGCAGGAUCUAAUGAAUCCAUUGGUAGCACCACAUUUGGAAUUUGUGCCGGAGGAUGCGCAGGGAUUGAAUAUCUUCAAGUCUUCUCAGUCUCUCAAGUGGCUCAAACACUUUGA